GAUGGGCUGACUGCGUCGCCACUUUAGACUCUUAUCCUUACGCUACCCCUCAACCCCUGGCUCAAAUACCCAAGCCGCACCGCCAACAAGUCAUCUUAAUGGAUGACAAAGAAGAGGCCCAAGGGCCCGUCAUUCCAGUUUUCUGCACCGCACGGAUUCCCAUCAAGACCCUCGAGCGUUUCAUCCAGUGCAACAGCGCUUACGAAACUAGCGAAAGCUUCCGCGCGCGCUUCAUCACCGGGACGUCUCGCGACGACGUUGCAAUAAUCGACGGCGUCCCCGAGGAAUCAUUCAGCUCGCCGUGCAUUGGCAAAACGCUUCAGGACGUGACGAAUUUUUGGAAGGAAAACGUAGACGGGCUAGAGGGAUUCGCGAGUAGCGUGUUCAUCUUGCUGGACGAGCAUUCCGAAGCGUCUCUCACGUGCUUGGCUGUCGCGAUUGACUACACGCUCGAAGAGGGCGACGACGAAGCAGCCGCACCGGUCGACGUGUUGAAGGCGGAUUUCUACGUCGCACGAGGAGUGCUGCAGCUCGUCGCCCUGGGGGUUCAGUCGCUGCAUGAGAACCGAGACCCCGCUGUGGUACUCACACGGGAGAAUUUUGCCAUGGAUUGAUGUCUAGAACGGGAUCCGGGACCUACCUAAGGUCUAUGAUUUUGGGUGUUUGCCAUUCAGGGACGAGCUGGUAGUCAUCAACACAUUUCUCGGGGCCUAGGAGUAUUUUGAAUUCUUUUUCUUCCCAAAGCCGUUAUUCCACAAAUCUGUUUGAGAAGAAAAGCCUUAGUGAUUAGGGUUAAAUUUGGGGAGCUUCAAUGUGGGAUAGGCCCGGGGCAUGGAUGUGUGAAACCACCAGACUGUCUGGGGUAAGGUACCCAAUGUAAGCAACUGAGGUGAUGGUGUUGCUACGCUGACAUGGGAUUGAAGGAAUGCAGUGGCUGCUUCACGGCUUAUUGAAUGACGUCACAGAAUCUUGCAACCUUUUCCGCCAAUGUAAUUGGUCGAAAAGCCAUGUGGCUGGUAAGGUACAUGAAUGAGCAAGGGUGGUCUAGUCUGAGCACUGAGGCUAGGUAUUAUGACUUUGCUACAAUCUUGAGCAAGUUGAUUUGAUACAGUCAAGCUGUAAAUAUAAAGGGCUUAUUCUUCUUGAAAUUGGCCAUUAACGUUAAUUUGCCUUUCGUAGAUCGAUCAACAAAACUUUGUUACGGG